AUGGGUGGUUACAAGUACCACCAGUACCAGGUGGUGGGACGCCAUUUGCCCACAGAGAAGGAGCCAGAGCCAACCAUCUACAGGAUGAAGCUUUGGGCGACAGACCCUGUGCGUGCAAAGUCAAAGUUCUGGUACUUUUUGAGGAAGCUUAGAAAGGUGAAGAAGGCGAACGGGCAGAUUCUUGCAGCGAACGAGAUCUUUGAGAAGAAGCCGACGACUGUGAAGAACUUUGGCGUGUGGGUGCGAUACCAGUCCAGGACAGGCUACCACAACAUGUACAAGGAGUACAGGGACACCACCCUCAACGGUGCCGUCGAGCAGCUGUACCAGGAGAUGGCCUCAAGGCAUCGCGUGCGCGCGCCGUGCAUGCAGAUCAUCAAGACUGCCACCGUGCCGGCUGCCCUGACCAAGCGCGUCAACAUCAAGCAGUUCCACGACUCCAAGAUCAAGUUCCCCCUCACCCGCCGCAUGGCCAGGCCAUCAUCCAGGACGUUCAAGACAACGUUCAAGGCAGUGCGCCCCAACGUUGCCAUGCACUGA